AUGGCCGAUACAGAGGAUGCAGGCGCAUCUGUUUCAGAGCCCUUGGACCUUGUCCGUCUUUCUCUCGAUGAGAUCGUUUUCGUGAAGCUGCGCGGUGACCGCGAACUCAAGGGCCGCCUCCACGCCUAUGAUAGCCACUGCAACCUGGUUCUGGGUGAUGUGGAGGAGAUCAUCUACGUGGUAGAGGAGGAUGAAAACGAAGAAGAAGUCACACGCACAAUCAAGAAGCAAGAAGAAAUGUUAUUUGUACGGGGUGAUUCCGUCGUUUUGAUUUCCCCCCAAGCUUGA